AUGGCUGCCACCGAACCGCCUUCCACAGGCCUGCUCAACCUAGAGAAAGAACUUGUCUGCUUCAUCUGUACCGAAGUUCUAUACCAUCCCUUGACUCUGCUCGAUUGCUUGCAUACCUUCUGCGGCUCUUGUUUGAAAGAAUGGUUCUCUCAUCAGCAUCGGAAGGUCGUCCACUCCCACUCGUUCACAGCAUACCCGUACACCUGCCCAACAUGUCGUGCCCCGGUGAAAGACGUCCAGCGCAACGCCAUGAUCAAUACUCUGUUGGACAUGUUUCUGGCAGCCAACCCUGGGAAGGACAGGACGGCAGAAGAGAAGGCCGAGAUGGCAAAGAUAUACAAAUCCGGUGACCAGAUCCUGCCCAAAACUGAGAGUCACCGGAGGCGAGAACGCAGGCGGCGAGAAGAGGAGGAAGGCCUUGGCAGGGAGUCGCCGAGUACCAGUCAUGCGCUACAGGGGAGAAGCCGACGGGAUCAACAGUUAUACGCUGCAUCGACUGACAUCGGGUUGACACCCCAGUCAUUGGCCGCGAGCAGCAGAAGUCGUGAGCGCAGAGACAGGACAGAGCGGUCGAGAGAUCACGAGCGGCGGCAAGCACAAUCCGGCACGGAGGCCACCGUCCCUCGUCCUCGCAUAGCGGGCUCCCCCAGCUCUACGGAGUUAUCAUCAUCUCUAUCACCUCCGGAGGGCUCACCGAGGCAUCCAGAUGCAGUAGAGGCGCGCCAAAGAGGGGCUCGGACCGUGGCUCAUCAAGCAAGCCUGAUAUCUCUGGUCAGCGCAUCCGAAAGUGGCACAGGUACUGGGGAGAGCCUCAAUGAGGCGCAGCUAAUGCAAGAGAUUCUGGCUGAGGGUCUACUCGAUGGCAUCAACGUUGAGCAACUGACUGAGGCAGAACAAGACGAGCUUAGCGAAAUGAUUGCUGAAAGAUACAGGCAACUGCAUCCGGAGAGGAUGCGAAGAGCAGCGUCAGACAGGGCCAGAACAGAUGCUGUGGCAAACGAGACGCACCAGCCUGACGUGCAAAUCGAAGAGGCAGACCGUCGUCCUCGUCAAUCUUCCCGAAGUAGUCAGCGACAGCAGACACAACCCAGUCCUCGAUCCAGCCGCAGUGUGACGAUUGGAGGCACAGAUGGACGACCACCAUCAGCCUUUCCCCAGCCAGCAGCCGAGCAGACACUCACGCCACCUCAUGGUACGGCACAUCGUCGCCGAGCCUCAAACGAGAGCGGGAGAAGAGAUAACUCAGCCACGAGAACUGGCAGAAACACAGAUUCCAGCAGUGCGUCCGCUGCCAGGUCCGCAACGGAUCUUUCGGACAGACCUCAAUCUAUGGCCCUUACGUCGCAACGCCGACCCCAACAGGCAAAUCCACCCCGGUCGAACACCGAGCCUAGAGCAGCACCUCGAGUCUCGGAGGUGUGGCAUUCCACUGGACGCCAGGUGGCCAGUCCACCUCCCCCUGAAACUCCGGCUGUCCAGAUACUCAGUGAGGAUGAUAUUCGGUCACUCAUGUCAAGCGUCAAUACUGCACCGGUCCCUACAUCCAUCCCAACUACAGAAGCCGCAAUUCCUGCUCCUGAACAUUUCACAUCUUCUGCGACUACUCUCUCGACAAGAUUUGAAGAACCGUCAAUCACAUGCGCCCGCUGUUUGCGCCCAAGCAUUCAAUAUGAGGUCCAUAAACACUGUCCUUCCUGUAAGCUUGAUCUCUGUUUGAGAUGUUACAGAGCCGGGCGGGGAUGUAAUCACUGGUUUGGUUUUGGCCACGCAGCCAUGUUCAAAUUCGAGACGUCACAGCCUUUGAAUAGGAGCAGCCAGGCCAUCGAACUUCCCCAUUUACUGAUCGGACGCCGGUAUCGAAGGCCACCCUCACCCGCGAGCCUGGAUGACAGCGCGACAGCCGCAAUGUCUUUGCUCGACCCAGCUACACGGUUGCAGGAGGGCAAUUUCUGCGAUCGGUGCGGCAACUUCGCGAAUGAAUGCUUCUGGUCUUGUGGUUAUUGCAACGAAGGCGAGUGGGGAUUUUGCAACGACUGCGUGAACACCAACCAUUGUUGCACCCAUCCUCUGUUGCCGGUCGCACAUAAACCGGUGGCCCAUCAGUCUACCACCUCUCGGCCUGGCACUGCAGGAACCGAGGCUGGGGCUCCUGCUACCCUCAGCCCUUUCAGCGCUGCCGGUCGUAUCCCUUCGCCAGUACAAAGUGCACCAUCGAGCGCAACCUCAAUGAACGGCACAUCUGCUGGUCUUAGACCGGAUUUUGUUCCACUGGUGAUCACGACAAAUUGUGACAUCUGCUUGCGCCCAGUGUCACCGGACGAAAUCCGAUACCACUGCCCAGGCCACCCGACCCCGUCACCAGGGCACCCGGACCAAAAAGGCGACUUUGAUAUCUGCAGCUCCUGUUACCACGGCUUCAUUAAGGUCGGCCGAAUAAAGCGAGACGACGGUCCGGACGGAUGGCGCCUGUGCCUCGGCGGACAUCGCAUGAUCGAGGUGGCGUUUGAACAGGACAGAGACGAGGGCCAACGGCGAGUGAUUCUUCGGGACCUAGUGGGUGGAGCGAAGAUGACCGAAACAGACAUGGUAGCAUGGAAACUGGCCAAUACUCAGCUCAACUCAACUUCGAAUAGUACUCAACGUACUGCUACUACUGCUGAAGGUGACCCAGCGGCAUUUGUGGUUCCUGGUCUUCGAGGACAGUGGGUUUGGCGGGAGGACUCCUCGGGCACACGGCGAGCAACUCGUGCCCGAACAGCUGCCCUGCCGAACACCACCAAAGUCCCGGCGGAUGGUGGGAUGGGUAAAGUCUGCCGCGCCUUGUGGAGCUAUUAUCCAGAGGAAGGCGAGAAUGGGAAAGGCGAACUGAUGUUCCCGAAGCAUGCGGAAGUUCGAGAGGUCGAGGAUAUCAAUGAAGACUGGUCGUUUGGUGUCUAUGCUGGCGACAUGGGCGUCUUCCCGACCGUUUAUGCGAGGGCUGUGGGUUGA